CCGUCAAUAGGAACUCCAGAUACACUCUCUGCAACUCAUUUGUGUCUACUCAAAUCCAAAGCUAAAAAAAAAAAUGUCAUGGCUGGCUAGGUCUAUCGCCAACUCUCUCAAGCUUGAAGACGAUGACGACGACAAUGACCAAUAUAAUAACAAUACCCCUAACCCUAAUGUCACUGAUUCAAAAUCACCCUCAAAUCCACAAUCCGAUCACCAAACCCAAUCACCAUCACCGUCGUCGCCAUCAUCCACAACCUCCGCUACCACACCCCGUGGUGUCAAAGAAGAUCUUUCUGAGCUCACUAAAACUCUGACCCGCCAAUUUUGGGGCGUUGCUUCUUUCCUCGCUCCUUCGCCUGAUCCUCCUUCCUCCUCUUCCUCUUCCCAUUCUUCUCAGAUCUCCAAUGAACUAUCCGAUAAUCCGCAACCUCACCUGCCGUCCGAUCCAGAAGCAUCCAAUGAGGAUUUGAUUGCCGGGAUUCGCAGUGACUUCGCCGAGAUUGGCGGGAAAUUCAAGUCUGGGAUCUCCAAGCUGUCGACCAACGCUGCCGUAUCGGAGAUCACGAAGAUGGCGUCGAACUUUCUGCAGCUUGGAUCGGAAAAUGAUUUAACUGAUGAGGAUUUGAUUGGUAGUGCGGUUGGUGUGACCGAGGAGGUUGUAGCCUUCGCGAGAGAUAUCUCUAUGCAUCCGGAGACUUGGCUUGACUUUCCUGUUACUGACGAUGAAGAAUUUGAUGAUUUUGACAUGUCUGAUGCCCAACAAGAACAUGCUUUGACUGUUGAACGCCUUGCCCCAAGAUUAGCUGCUCUCCGGAUUGAACUUUGCCCAGGCUAUAUGAGUGAGGGCUGCUUUUGGAAGAUCUACUUUGUACUUUUGCACCCUAGGCUGAGUAAACAUGACGCCGAACUGCUUUCAACUCCCCAAAUACUGGAAGCAAGAACCAUUUUAUCACACCAAUUGCAGAAACACUCUAAGCCAAGCAAACCAGGUUGGUCAGAAAUAGGUACUUCUAGAUCAAAUGAAAUUGCUGACUUACCUCACGAAGAGUCUCUCUCUGUGCCAUCUCCUGUCCCAGUAUCAGAAUCAGUGCCUCCAAAGACAUCUAGCAUUGAAGUUGUUUCUCCCACUGUUGCAGCCAAGACAUCUAUCAAAGAAACAGUCUCCUCUAGCAUUGUGGAUGAACUAGAAACUGAGAAGCACCCAGUUCAGAGCACUGAGAUGCAAAUUAUAGAUAAAGCUGUGGUUGAGGAAGAACCUUUUUACCAUGCCAAAGCUCAACAUUUAUCUAGCUCCAUCCCGAUAGUUGUGGAUGAGAAAUUUGAGGAUGAUACUGAUGAUUGGUUGAGAGAAGACAGUUCAGAAAUGGUAGGCACCAGUGCAACUUCAGUGCCUAUUGAAAAUGAUGAGGAUGUGUCAUUCAGUGAUUUAGAAGAGGAUGAUGAAGAUGUGCCUAUAAGUUAUAAGAAAGUAACAUCAAGUGCAGAUGCAUCAACAAAAGACUCACGAGAUUGGGUUCAGUUAAGCAAAAGCUCUGCUGACUCAGUCAAGGAUAUUAACCCUGUCAGUGUCAAACAUGCUGUGCCUGAGCAGGUAAGUGCUCGUAAUUCGGAACCCAAGGAGUCUAAUGAUUGGCUUGAUGUUGAUGACAUUGAUGUUAUGUGAUAAUAACAUAAAAGCCUCUAGGGGAAAUGUGUUUUCCAUCUUUCAGUUACGUUCUUGUGAAUAGUUUGUAUAUGGUUUCUGCAGUCUAAGUCAGGCUUUCAAAACUAUAUGUACAUAAAUCCAAACCUAUAUUGGAUGAUCCUGCAAGCACACAGUAUGUAACUUUUUACCAUUUAAUAAUUCUCUGUUUCCUAUGAAAUA